AUGAUCAGCCGGAAGCGAUGUCGUGUUCGGUUUGACCCCUCUCGAACCACGGCUACCGGUGCUGAACUCACCCAACAGCAAAAGCCAAAGAAAGUUGUCCGAUUCACCCUUGAACCAGCUCAUGUGACCGUCUGGAACUCUUCUUCUUCUGAAACUUGGUACAGCGGUCACGAUUACACAAACUUCAAGCUCAACAUGAAACGCGAUGUUCUAUACUUGGCUCAUCUCUGUCAGACUGGCAACCGCCAGAACAUGGACCACGAAGAAUUCAGCUCGUUAGGCCUGGAACAGUACUGCUGCUCCAAUGCCACUAAACAACAGACCAAAAUGAUGGCGAAUCGACGGAUCCAAUCCGUAUUGGACCAACAAAACUUGCAACGCCGUCUGGGGUGUAAUGAGCCAGAAACCAUUCAGUUCUUUGCUCAACUCAUGUCCCAACUAGCUGUUGAGAAAGCACUAAGACGAGCUGCCCGUGUUGCCGCUGGCAAAUACCCUUAA